AUGGUGAAGCUGUUCAUCGGGAACCUGCCGCGGGAGGCGACGGAGCAGGAGAUCCGCUCGCUGUUCGAGCAGUACGGGAAGGUGCUGGAGUGCGACAUCAUCAAGAACUACGGCUUCGUGCACAUCGAGGACAAGACGGCGGCCGAGGACGCCAUCCGCAACCUGCACCACCACAAGCUGCAAGGCGUCUGCAUCAACGUGGAGGCCAGC